AUGAACACACUACUGAUUAUCAUAACGUCGCAGAACCACUUCCGGGAACGGGAGACCAAAACUUGGAGAUUCCUUCAUCUAAUGAGACGGGACCUGUGCCUCACGUUGGUGGUUCCUUUUGACAUUACGAGAUUUAGGACACGCGAACGUAGGCAAAGUCUAGCCUUCGUUCGUUUUAUUUUAUUAGAUAUGUCUCGUAAUAAACAACAUGAGGAGACUGAUAAACUUACACGUAUUGCAAUAGUAAAUGCCGAUCGAUGUAAACCAAAAAGAUGUAGACAAGAAUGCAAGAAAAGCUGCCCUGUGGUCCGUAUGGGCAAGCUUUGCAUUGAAGUAACACCCAACGAUAAGAUUGCUACCAUAUCUGAAGAGCUUUGCAUCGGUUGUGGUAUCUGUGUCAAGAAAUGUCCUUUCGAUGCUAUUACUAUCAUAAAUGUACCAUCCAAUUUGGAAAAACACACUACACAUCGUUAUUCCAAGAACUCAUUUAAGCUUCAUCGUCUCCCAAUCCCUCGACCUGGUGAAGUCUUAGGGUUAGUAGGCCAAAAUGGUAUUGGAAAAUCUACUGCAUUGAAGAUUCUUGCUGGUAAACAAAAGCCCAAUUUGGGUAGAUAUGCCGAUCCUCCAGACUGGCAAGAAAUCUUGUCCCACUUUCGUGGUUCUGAGCUUCAAAACUACUUUACUAAGAUCCUAGAAGAUGACCUGAAGGCUCUUAUCAAGCCUCAAUAUGUAGAUCAAAUUCCUAAAGCUGUGAAAGGAACAGUGGGCCAACUACUUGAUAAGAAGGAUGAUAGGAAAAAUCAGACUAUAAUUUGUGAAAUGCUUGAUUUGUCUCACAUUCGAGAUCGUGAAAUUUCGGCAUUGUCUGGUGGAGAACUGCAACGUUUUGCUUGUGCUAUGGUUUGCAUCCAGAAUGGCGAUAUUUUCAUGUUUGACGAACCCUCUUCUUAUUUGGAUGUAAAGCAGCGUCUUAACGCGGCUCGGACUAUUCGCUCCCUUAUACAUCCCGAUAAGUUCAUUAUUGUUGUUGAACAUGACUUGUCCGUGCUGGAUUACUUGUCAGAUUUCAUUUGCUGUCUGUAUGGUGUUCCUGGUGCUUAUGGCGUUGUAACUAUGCCCUUCUCAGUAAGGGAAGGUAUAAACAUUUUCCUUGAUGGGUUUGUACCCACUGAGAACAUGAGAUUCAGAACUGAAUCAUUAGUUUUUAAAGUUGCUGAAUCUGCUACAGAGGAAGAGAUAAAAAGAAUGAAUCACUAUGAGUACCCCGAGAUGUCUAAGAAAAUGGGUGACUUUAAUCUUAAAGUGAUGCCAGGGGAGUUCUCAGAUUCGGAAAUUCUAGUAUUACUUGGUGAAAAUGGUACUGGAAAGACUACAUUUAUUAGAAUGUUAGCAGGAAACUUAGAACCUGAAGAAGGUUCUGGCCAGUUGCCGCAAUUACAUAUUAGUUAUAAGCCCCAGAAAAUAUCUCCCAAAUGGCAGGGCAUGGUUAGAAACUUGCUACAUGACAAAAUAAGAGAUGCAUACAGUCAUCCACAGUUUAUAACAGAUGUUAUGAAACCUAUGAAAAUCGAAGAGAUUAUGGAUCAAGAGGUGCAAAACUUGUCUGGUGGUGAAUUACAGCGAGUAGCCUUAGUUCUUUGCUUAGGAAAACCGGCAGAUGUGUAUCUGGUUGAUGAGCCCUCUGCUUACCUUGAUUCUGAACAGCGUUUGGUUGCAGCUAAAGUUAUCAAACGGUUUAUUCUGCAUGCAAAACGAACAGGUUUCGUUGUAGAGCACGAUUUCAUAAUGGCAACAUAUCUUGCUGACAGAGUGAUUGUCUUUGAAGGCACACCUUCAACAACGGCAACUGCACACGCGCCGCAGUCGCUUCUUAAUGGGAUGAACAAAUUUCUGGAGCUUCUCGGUAUUACUUUCAGACGUGAUCCAAAUAACUUCCGACCGAGAAUUAAUAAACAUGCUUCGGUCAAGGAUAUGGAACAGAAGAGAGCAGGCCAAUACUUCUUCCUGGAGGAC